UUUCGGUUUCAGUUUCGGUUUCAGUUCGAGUUGAGCGUGCGUCGGCAUUGGCAGCAACUUCUUCCACAUAGAGUGUAUUCUCUCAACGUAACGUUUGUUCGUUUGUGUUGUUUCAUUAUUUUUGGUUGGAUCUGAUUGAAUCCCCAUACAUUUUUUGCUUGCAACCGAGGACAGAUCCAGCAGCAAGUUGGCGCCACCCACAAAUCUAGAGCCCUACACCAUGGCCGUCAUUACGGAGCAUGGCAGCAACAAUCACAAGACCAACAACAGCCACAACACAAAGAUUGGCAUCAGCAAGGCUGGAACUGAAUCGCCAUCUCAUCCCAGCCAGCGUCAGCUGAGCACCGCUCUGACUGUUCCCGAAUUUUUUGCCAAGAAAAAUAUUUUCGUUACCGGUGGUACGGGUUUCUUAGGCACUGUCCUAAUUGAGGCCCUGCUGGACACACAUCCCGACAUUGGCACCAUCUAUGUGUUGGUCAGAGGUAAACGCAACUUCGAUGCCAACGAACGCAUCAAUCGCCUCCUCCAGAAGCCGAUCUUUCAGAAGUACAAUGAGAAAACACUGGCCAAGGUUGUGCCCGUGGUGGGUGAGUUGACCGAGCCGAACUUUGGCUUUGGCCCCGAGCUGUUGGAGGAGAUCCUCGAUCGCGUAAACGUGAUCUAUCAUAGUGCGGCAACAAUCAGGUUUAAUUCACCGCUGCGUACAGCAAUCUUCACGAAUCUGACGGGCACAAUGCGGACCAUUGAGCUGGCCAAGCAGCUGAAGCAACUGUCCGCAUAUAUCUAUUGCUCCACGGCCUUUUGCAAUAGUAAUAAUCGAGGAUUGAUCACCGAAGAUGUGUACAAGUCACAGUUCGAUCCCUACGAGAUGAUGAAGAUGGCAGAGAACGAUGAGGCCUGGGUGGAUUUCACUGGGGCCAAGUGCAAGGAAUACCUCAAGGAUCACCCAAAUACAUAUACAUUCACCAAGAAUCUGUCGGAGAAUCUUCUCAUGGCAGAAAUGUCCGGUCUGCCGGCAGCCAUAGUCAGGCCAUCGAUUGUUUACGGCACACUGGAGUAUCCAAUGAAGGGUUGGGUGGGCAAUGCCAACUCAGGACAUUUGGGCUUCUUGGCCGGAUUCGUCAAGGGCAUCUUCCGUACGAUGUGCGGACGUGCAAAUGCCGUGAUUGAUAUCAUUCCAUGUGAUUAUGUUAUCAACAGUUCUCUGGUCAUGGGCUGGUAUGUGGGCACACAUCAUGUGGACAAGCCCGAGAUAAUACACUGCACAUCCGGCGAGGUCAAUCCACUGACCCUUUCCCAGUUCUGCACCAUAAUCAAUGACAGCGUGGAACGUCAUCCGCCCAACAGUUUCGUGUGGAAGCCAUCGACAAAGUUGCGCAAUGGUUGGCGCUAUAAUCUCUUCUUCUAUCUGUUCCAUCUGUUGCCCGCUAUGAUCUUCAUCAUACCGGAGAAACUCUUUGGCAUCGGCAUGCCCCAGCACACCGCCUAUGAGUACAUGCGAGUCUUCCAGAAUGGCACUAAGGCAUUUAACUACUUCCUGGACAAGGACUUCCGCUAUUCAUUGAAGAACGCUCUGCGCAUCUCCUCGUUUAUCCAUGAGAGCGAUCGCAAGCGCUACAACUUUGAUGCCAGCCAAUGCGAUUGGUCCGAGUUUAUUGAUCGUUGCCUGAUCGGCAUUCGGCGUUUCUAUUUCAAGGAGUCGGCGGUUACGACACAAUGGCAUCGCAACUACUGGAAGGUCUUCAAUGUACUGCAUUAUGCUGGCUUCGCAGUGAUCUUUGCAAUUCUCUACUUUGCGCUAACUCCAUUCCUGGGCUUCCAAAUCGGACUGACGCUGGCCCUGCUUAUAUGGGGCUUCCUGGUGUGGUUGUAGAUAUGGCUGAAUAAGCCCCGAUCACUCAUAAUGUGCAAUAUACAAUCCAAAAUAAUAACAGCACACCUUUCACUCACUUUUAACUCAGUCGCCUUCAUCGUUAGAUCGUUGUUCUUCUUAGGGUUACAUCAUGUAUUUUUACUAUAAGUUCUCACUUCGAGUACAAGUCAACAACUUACAGAAGUACGUACGAUUAUGUAUAGCAUGAAUCUAAUAAAUAAAUAAAUAAAUCGAUAUUCAUAACUAUCGAAAUAAAGCAACACACAGCAAUGCAAACAAGUCCAAAACAUAGCUCAAAUCGUAGUCACAUUAACAAAUAGUCCUGGUUUAUAGUCAAAUAGUCAAUGUUUCUGCACUUGUAAAUUACGAAACCAAACGUAAACGAUAAAAAAAAUAAUAAAUAUGUAACUAUAAAUGAAAUAAAUAUGACAAUUUUAAUGUUAAGCAUAA